AUGUCUUAAGUCAUAUUUGACUGACGCUUAAAGAUACUUCUCAAUAAAAAUGUUUUUGAUCAAUUAAUUAAAUAGUCGCAUUAAUGUUAUUGUCAGUUUUACUUACAUAAUAAGUGAUACUUCUUCGGAAUACAGAGUUUUUUCAUCGAUAUGGUAUAGUAGUUAUUCAUAACCAACAGCACCUCGUGAUUUAAAGAAACUUACCACAGGUUCAAAAAUGCUAUCUGAUGAAUCAAGCAGUGACUCAGAAACGGGAAGAUUCAAAUGUAAGACAAAGACGCAAGAUGAAGCAGGUCAACAUUCAAAAUCGAGAGAUAGUUCCUUUCACACAAGAGAUUCAAGAGCUUCAGGAAGAAAUAGGAGAAAUGAGAUUGAAAGAUAUCACAGGGAGUUUGAAAGACGAAGAGAUGAUAGAAGAGAUGUUUUUGAGUCGCGUGAAAGAGACAGGCACAGGUAUUCAAGACAUUCACCGGUAAGAAGAAGACGUUCAGUUGAGAGAAGUAGGCAUAGGGAAGAUUCACAAGAAAGACGAAGACAUGAUAGAGACUCUAGAGAAAGAUUCAAACACAACAGAAGUAGAAGUAGAGAUAGAAUGCGUAGAUCAGAAUCUAAAACUCAUAGAUCUCCAAAUCAUGUAAAAAGUAAAAAAGAAAUUAUUGACAGCGAUAUAAUAGAAAAGAAGCCAGAUAAACUUGAAACAAAUGAAUUUGAUGAUAUAUCUUCAUCCAGUGAAAUCAAGUCAAAAAGAUCUGAAGUAUUUAAACCAGAUCUCCAAGACCCGGCUAGGGAAAAGAUUAAAAGUCCUGUUAUAGUUGACAUUCAUGGUGACAGUGACAGUUCUGUGGGAGAAAAGCCCGCUUCUUACUACAAUAUGAUACCUGCAAUUGUAAAAGAGAAAUCAGAGGAAUCUAGUGAAAUAGAUUCUUCAGAUGAUGAAAAACUUAGAGCAAAACUUUUAAGUUUGGAAAAACAGGUAAACAAGACAAAAAAGCGAAAACAUAGGAAGAAGCAUAAAAAGAAAGGGAGUAGAUCUGACAAAGAAAAAAGUCAAGAGUCCACAGCUUCAGUUGAAGUAAGCAGCACAACAGAUAUUCAAGAUAACACAACCAGCAAUAAGAUAAGUAGCUCCGAAACUGCAGAAGUCACUUCCACACAGAAGAGUGUCCAAAAAGAGAGUAGCGAAGAGGGAGAAAUACUAAGUGAUGAUGAAUCACAAAGUCCCAAAAUUGAUCCAACUGACUUGAGGCACAAACUCAAAAGGUCUACACUGCAGUCUGGUGUUUGUGGACCAGCCUUGCCUCCACAUUUAGAGAAAAGAUGUGAGAAAAGUGCAUCUCCUGGGACAGAAGGUCCAGCCUUACCUCCACAUUUGUCAAAAAAACCGCGUCAUUUAGGUCCAUCAAUUCCACAAGAUAUGCGUAAGGUGCUUGAAGAAAAGAGUCAAGAAAUAACUCAUUUUGAGAGUUCAGAUGAAGAUGUUAGUAUUGUAGGUCCACUGCCUGUUGGAGCUGAGGAUAAAUGGACCAAUGCUCACAAAAGUCUAGAAGAGAGAGCAUUGGAUAUGAAAAUAAAGAAGUUGGAUGGACACACAUUGAACAAAGUUGACGUUAAAUCAAGAGAGCAGUGGAUGUUAGAAUUACCAGAAGGAAAAACUAAAUAUUUAGGUUUAGAGGCCCGAUCUUUCAGAGCAAAAGAAGGCCCAGAUAUGAGUGACAGGUCAAGUUGGACUGAUACUCCGGAAGAUAAGGCUCGCAAGGCAAGCGGGCGUAUAAAAGAGGAAGACGCAGCCGCCGUCCUGCAGCAGGAAGUACGGCAAAAGCAGAUCGCAAGCAGGGACGAUGAGCAAGAGAAAGCAAUAAAAAAACACAAGAAAAAGCAUAAAAGAGAUGAAAGUUUACUCGAAAUGCAUCAAAAAAAGAUAAAAAAGAAGAAGAAGAAGGACGAUAAAGAGGACGAGAAGCCGGAACGACGACCGUUCAGUCGGGACGUCGACCUCCAAGUGAACCGCUUCGAUGAGGCACAAAAGAGGUCCAUAAUAAAGAAAGCGCAAGAAUUAGAUUCAAGGUUCUCACGCGGUGAAGCCAAAUAUUUGUAAAAUAGUUUAAAAUGCAAGUUUACUUAUGUACUACGAAUGAAAUAAUGUUUUUUUUUAAAUAAAAUGCAAGUGAUUUUGCGGAACAUUUAAGCGUAGUUUUUUGUAACGUAAAUUAAGUCAGUAUAAGUAGCUGCAAAAUACUUUGUGAUGCAAUAUU